CAAGGAGAAUAUGAAAUGCAUUUGCCGUUGCACCUAGUAACAAUGCAGUCCACAUACAACAGGUUGGGUGUUAUUUUGAGCGUCUGGCUGGCAAAUCUAGCCGAAGUUGUGGUCUCCCAAUGUGUCACCAUUCCGACUGUGGAGGGAACGGAAUUCCCGGAAAGAUGUCGUUUCCCAUUCGAAUACGAUGGAGAGCUCUUCAACGCUUGCACAACUUUUGGGGACGAUAGCAAUCGGUCUUGGUGCUCAGUUGAGGUGGACGAUUUCGGGAGACACGUCUCUGGACGAGGAAGGUGGGGUUAUUGCGAUUCAGCCUCAUGCCAGCCUCAAACCAAAAAGAAAUUUAUUCAAACUGGCGCCGCUGAUUGCCGAACAUUUGCCGGUUUCCGACCCAAUCGUGCGUGUGUGUUCCCCUUCAUUUUAGAAGGACGAGUGUAUAACUCGUGCACUCCGGAUUACGAUCCCAAUGGCGUGGAAUGGUGUUCCACCAAAGUCGAUGCCCAAGGCAAGCACAUCACAGGAGAAUGGGGAUACUGCUCUUGUCAAAGCUCCGGAGGGUCUGGUGGAGGAUUUGGAAGUAAGACCACGAGAGUUCAAGAGGAAUGCCCGAACUCUGAGCGGAACUUCCAAACCUCCAUUCCAAGCUCGGGAGAAUAUAUGCCCAAUCCGAAUGAGUGUGGUCAGCCCUUGAAUAACCUGUUUGUGAUUGGAGGUAGGAAUGCCUCUGUGGAGGAGUUUCCCUUCCUGGCUCUUCUUGGCUAUGAAGGAAUUAUGCCCGGACAGACCCUUUGGGGGUGUGGCGGGGUCUUGAUCAACCGGCGCUACGUCAUCACCGCGGCACAUUGCUCUAAGUUUCCCCAACCCACCGUUGUCAGAUUGGGCGAAUUGAACGUGGAGACCGAUUGUGAUUGUAACCAAGACAAAUCCAAAUGCUCCAAACGAACUCAAGAUGUGGGAGUGGAAGACAUUUUGGUGCACGCAGGUUAUGACAAGUCCGACAGUUUUAGAAACGAUAUUGCGUUGUUGAGACUGGAUCGUCCGGUUGAUCUGACUUCCAGCGUGACGGUUGUUUGUCUUCCCCAGAAACCUCCCUUUUCGGGCGAUUUAAACGGCAAAGAUGUGACCGUGGUUGGCUGGGGUAUGACGAGGUACAAUGACCCCGGAAGCAGGGAGACACUUGGCGUCAUUACGCCCGUGCUACAAAAGACCCAACUACCAGUGGUCGACAUCGACGAAUGCAAUCUGACUUGGAGAGGCAAGGUUCGUUCGUCCAUUCAAAUUUGCGCUGGAGGCCCUGGAGUGGACUCUUGCAACGGAGACAGCGGCGGACCUCUCUUACUCAAAGACAACGGAGGCCGAUACGGCGUGGUCGGCCUCGUCUCCUUCGGCAAGAGCACUUGUGGCGAUGGAGAUCCUGGGGUUUAUGUUCGGGUGGAGACCUUUCUCAGAUGGAUUCGACAAAACAUUAGACCUUAGGGAAAUUUGAAUAAAACCGGAUUUGUUCCGCUGACAAAAGUC